AUGCCGCUGCCAUUACCGCCGACCCGUUGUUUGCUCUGCUCUCGCUCUCUCUGGCUCGUGGGUCGGUUCGCGGGCAUGGCGUGUGUGAAGGAAAUCGCGCAGUGCGCAGCUACGAUGAGCAUACCUUGCUUCAAGGAGAUGGCGGAAGGGAUAGAUCCUUCCGUAGUGAACGUGCUGGCCUUGGUUGGCGGCCUGGUGCUUGUGCGCUCGGCGUUGAGCGUUUUGGCGUCCGUCUUCACGACCUUCCUGCGUCCUGGCAAGGACCUCAAGAAGUAUGGCGCAUGGGCUGUAGUCACCGGUGCCACAGACGGGAUUGGCAAGGCGAUGGCCUUCCAGAUGGCCAAGAAGGGGAUGAACGUUCUCCUGAUCUCUAGAACCGAGGCAAAGCUGGUGGACGCGGAGACGGAGAUCAAGGCGGCAUGCCCUUCGGUCGAGGUGGCCCACCUCGCCAUCGACUACUCCAACUUCGACGCCACGCUGCAGGCCAAGGUUGCUGCUGCCAUCGCCGACAAGGAUGUGGGCAUUCUGGUGAACAAUGUCGGGGUGUCUUACCCCUUCCCGAAGUACUUCGACGAGCUCACGGACGACGAGAUGAAGUCGCUGCUGGAGAUGAAUGUUAACUCAACGGUUUGGAUGACGCGCCUGGCUCUCCCCGGCAUGGUUGCGAGGAAGCGCGGCGCCAUUGUAAACUUUGGAUCCGCCGCGGCUCUUAACCCGUCAGCGCUGCUGGCAGGGUACUCCGGGGCCAAGGGCUUCAUCUUGAAAAUGACGGAGUCGAUGCACGUAGAGAUGGCGGCAAAGGGCAUCCACGUGCAGUGCCAGGUGCCCCUGUUGGUGGCGACGAAACUCGCCAAGAUCCGCAGGGCGAGCCUGACCGCCCCGUCCCCUGCGACGUAUGCCAAGGCUGGGGUCGGGGCCAUCGGGUACGGCGCGGUCGUGUCGCCGUACUGGGCCCACAAGCUGCAGCUCUUCGCGCUGUCGGUGAUUCCCUGGUCAGAGGCCGUGGUGUUCAACAUGCACAAAGGUCUUCGGGCGAGGGCCCUCAAGAAACUGGCGUCCAAGAAGGACUGAAUGGCGUGAUAGUCGGUCGCCCCUUGUGUCACACUUUUUUGUUUCACAUCCUCGGUUGUGUUACAUGUUGUCGUUUGUUACGGCUGUGCGUUGUGGCUUGUCACGAGGUUACGGCGAACAGUGGGUCAACGCGGAGAGGGGUGUGCGUCGCCCCUUUCAUGUUGUUCGAGGUGUGAGUGACGCUCUGGCAGGAAAAGUCUGAUUUGCUUGGUUCGUCGGAGUCCAAUACAACUCGUCCAUUGCCGACUUGUCCACGCAAUCCUUGUUUCGAUCCUGUGUACGGGGUUUUAUCGAAGCAACCUUGACCUACAGCAUUUUCAGAAGUUCAGCCUUGGAGGAUGUACGCACAGAAGCUACGUGACUACCCACAAUUUGUCAGGCUGCUGUGUUGCACAACCAUCCCCUGCCAACAGUUGUGUUGAGAAUGGCGGAAACGUCUCAGCAGUGCAACUUUCGUGGACCGUCGCCGGGCGCUGGGCACUUUGAAUCCGCAAAGGGGGGGUUGUUUGAACAGUAGCGCAGGAAGAGGGGGGAGUGUAUGUUUGAUGGUGCAGCACGACGCAGACCAGACGGAAGUCAGUGCUUUCUGUGUCGAGCAUUUCCUCUGCACAAUACUUAAAGAGUAUGGUCAUGCCCAAGGCGGUCAUGAUCUUUAUGUGCUCACGCGGGCCGACAGGCUUCCACAUCAGUUAACUUUCACGAGCACAGCGAUGGCACGCGUACACAGCGAUUGCUUACGUAUCCUCGCACCCUCGUGCAGGAGGCAUUUUGAAGCACACAUCGCUGGUCGGCCAAGGGGUCAUAGGUGGUCACUUCGAAAACCAUCCAGAGAUUAGGAAACCUUUGAUCGCGAGUAGCUGGGGGAUGGACGUCUGGGUCUUGGUCUGUGGCGGUACUUUUGUGGCAUGCAAAAUAGAGGAAAUCUAACGCGUGACACCGGAUCAGAGCUCCUCCGAGGCAAGGCUGUGCAGUAUGGAGCACCGGCGAGCGCCGGGUGUUGAAUGGGAGUACCAAACAUCAACAUUGCGAGCGUUGCCCACUUUUGGACAUACGUCAUGAGUUGUUCCCAUGUAGAUUCAAGACUUUUCCGCCCAGACAUGUCGAAAAAUGUUAUUCGCGGAUAGUGUUGACUGGAAUGCACACCCGGCGGAAUUCCAAUAAAUGGCGUUUC